CCAGGAUUGAUAUGGCGUGACUAAUAAAUCAAAAGAAUUCAUAAAAUACAAAGGAUUAACAGAAAGCUUUCUAUUUUGACCUGGAUUUUAGACAGAUUAAGUCAGGGGAAGGGGCUAUGUUCUGAAGCAUAGGAUUUGGAAUACACAGCUGUCCAGUGCUACUUGAUAGACAGUCAUUCUCCGGCCUGUUGAAUGAGCUGGCGCAAGACUCUCUGUUGGUAACUGGGGGGAAAAAAAAAAAACUUCACACUACCAUCUCAACACACAAAUAUCCAGUUGUACGUAUGAUGGGUCACACACUUAAAGGCUGUGGGAAGGAGAGCUGUUCAAUUGAAAGAAGGUUAUUAAUGAAGACGUGUUGAUAACAAGUGAGAACUUUUCAAAUGAUUUUCUUUACACUUGCUACGUUACUGAAAAGCUGAUAACAGGACAGGCAGCAAUCAGCCAUGAAAGGUGGACUUAUACUGGCUUUAGGUGUCACACUGGUCUUUCAGGCAGUAUGGGGAUGUCCAGAGAUCUGCAAAUGCCAACUCUCAUCAAGGACUGUGGACUGUAGCUAUCGGGGACUUGUGGAGAUUCCAUCCCACAUACCAUCUCAAACUCAAGUACUCCAUUUGCAGGGUAAUCAGAUUCGGAUUAUCAAUCACACGUCAUUUGCAAAUAUUCCUGGACUCAAAAUUUUGGACUUGUCCAAUAACUCAAUAUCAACAUUAUCACCCUAUGCAUUUCAUUACCUACACUCUCUACAGGUUUUAAAUCUCACCAAAAACUACAUUACUUAUCUUGAAAGUCACUUGUUCACUUCACUUGCUGACCUAAAAGAACUGGAUCUUUCUUCAAAUGGAAUCUUUACAUUGCCAGAAUCCCUGGGUAACAGCACAAAAAACUUGACCUUCCUUGGAGUGAAACAUAACCAGCUCCAAUGGGUUGACAGAUCUGUGUUGGAGUCAUUCACAAAUUUGAAAGUUUUUCUUGUGAAAGCCAAUCCCUGGCAAUGCAGCUGCAACAUAAUGGGGCUCAAACUUUGGCUUGAGAACUUUCUAUACAAAGGAGGAAUACUUGAUGAGCUAAUCUGCAAAAGCCCAGAUAACCGAAAAGGAAGAGAUCUCCUUAAAAUUCCUUUUGAGAUGUAUAAGAGUUGUCCACCUAUGACAGCCCCCUAUGUGAUGGCUAACAUUCACCAUCAUAACAUAGAGCACAGGAGUAAUGGGAAACACGGUCUCCAUGGAGAUUACGGAGAUGGUGGAACCCAUUCAGAAUGUGAACCGAAACCAAAACCUCGUCCAGCCAAUUUGCGACAUGCCAUAGCCACCGUAGUAAUAACUGGGGUUGUUUGUGGAAUUGUGUGUCUAAUGAUGUUGGCAGCUGCUAUUUAUGGUUGUGCGUAUGCUGCAAUUAUGGCUAAAUACCACAGGGAACUCAAGGAAGUGGAACACUUGGCUCCAGUAAAUGAACAUGGGAGUCCGGAGGAAAAAGAACCGCUUGAUAACUCUUUGGCUUGAUCUAAAUUUGACUAUGGUUUUUAAGAAGUAAAGAAAAAAAAAGAAAAAAACAAUACAUUUUGUAAGCUAGUGGAAAACUCACAACAAAAACUGAUCUAACUUUUUACUCUUGCCUUUGAAACAAGAUAUUUAUAUAAAGGCUCAAAACUAUUACCUGUAUUCUGAUUUUGAGUUUGCAAUAAUGUAAACAGAUAAAAUAAGGGCUUAGUUUUGAGAUAAUGCCUGCGCCCUCAUAUUUAUUUAUUUCCUUAUUUUUUUUAUAUUUACCAUAAUAAAGGGUCAUGAUCUUAAGUUGGUAGCAAGUUCAGGUGUAAUUUGUUUAUAGAACUGGAGGUUGAUUCAUGGAAUAUACUUCCAGUAGAGGAGGUAAGGACAAAGACUGUAAAAUAAUUCAAGAACACCUGGGAUAAGCAAAAGGUUAAACUGAGAAUUACUUUAGCUGCUCACAAUUUUAAUGUAUUUGUGAUAGAUUAGUUUACCAGAUAUAUUUCAGUGUCUAUUUAAAACAGAUGUUUUCAGUAAUAUGCAAAUGUGAUUAUUUAUAUUCUGUUUGUAAUGUUUGUUCUUUAACCAUUAGUUUCAUUACUAAAUAAUAAUAUUAUACUGAAAAAAAGCUUUAUAUUAGUUUUUUCACCAAAUUUUGUAUAUAAAAUCUAUAAACCAGGUAAAUGACAAAUGCAUUCUAAAUAGAUACAAGUACAGCAAAAAAAAUAUGUAAUUUAUUUAUUUUAUGUGUGAAACUAAAAUUGGAAACAUUUAUAAGCUAUGUUACAGUAAACAGAAAUGUUAAGCUUAUUUAUACGUUGCUGAAUUAAAAGUGUUUUUUUAAUAUAUGCAUUUGAUACUAUUCAUCAACCGUUAUACCCUACAAAAGAUCUGCAUUCAAAAUAAAUGUUUUAAAAGUG